AUGCCAAAACUCAACCUCUUCGGCACUGGCUUCGUCCUCCAAGCGGCUAUAUGGGCUGCUUGUGGCAUGGCCUUUAUUCUCUUCGGCUACGACCAAGGCGUCUUCUCCGGCAUCGUCGAGAACGAUGACUUCCUGGAUACCAUGAACCACCCCAACGACAGUCUGGAGGGGAUCAUAGUCUCCAUCUACAAUCUGGGGUGCUUCGCCGGUUGCAUAGUUAACUUCCUAUUGGGGGACUGGCUGGGUCGGCGGAGGGCGAUGUGGUUUGCUAUGGUUUGGGUCAUCAUCGGAGCAACUCUUCAAUGCUCCGCGUUCUCAGUCCCCCAUCUCAUGGUCGGACGAUUCGUGACGGGUAUUGGGACGGGCGUGGAGACGUCGACGGUGCCGAUGUAUCAGGCGGAGUUGUGUGAGGCGAGUAAGCGCGGGAAGUUGGUGUGUAGUGAGCCGUUGUUGGUGGGGGUGGGGAUUGUGAUUAGCUAUUUCUUCGACUACGGGAUGAGCUAUGUUGGUGGUCAGAUCGCCUGGAGAUUGCCGAUUGCGUGCCAGAUGAUUUUCGCUUUUGUGGUCAUCGUCCUGGUGUUCGGAUUGCCCGAGUCACCCAGGUACUGCUACAAGGAAGGUCGCAAUGAAGAGGCGCUGCAGAUCUUGAGUAAUGUGUAUGGGCGCCCAAAGGACGACCCGAAGAUUCUGGCAGAGCAGGAGGAAAUCCUCGAGGCUAUUUCUGUGGAGACCAAAUAUGGAGAGUACAAGUGGAGAAACGUCUUCAAGAGGGAUGAAGUUUCCACGGGUCAUAGAGUUCUUCUUGCAUACGGCAUGCAAUUCAUGAAUCAGAUGGGUGGUAUCAACAUGGUCGUAUACUACAUCCCCACCGUGCUUAACACCAAUGUCGGCCUGGACAAGAAUCUCUCCAACCUUCUCGGCGGCUGCGUCCAGAUCAUGUUUGUCGUCGGAAGUAUAUUCCCCACCUUCUUUGUGGAUCGCGUCGGUCGCAGAGCUCCCAUGAUCUGGGGAUCAUUCGGUUUGGGCAUCUGCAUGAUGAUGGUGUCCAUCCUGCUCAGUUUCAAGGGUCACGCCAACGAGCAUGCGACUUCGUCAGCUGCUGUCGCCUUCUUCUUCGUGUACAUGCUCAUCUUUGGCGCAUCGGUUAACUGCAUCCCCUGGUGCUACGUCCCCGAGAUCUUACCCCUCCAUGCGCGCGCCAAAGGGACGGCCGUCGGUAUCUCAUCGAACUGGAUCUGGAACUUCUUUGUCGUGAUGAUCACGCCCAUCAUCAUCAAUCGCCUCCAGUGGAAAGCAUACCUCAUCUUCAUGUGCUUGAACUUCGCCUUCGUUCCACUGAUUUAUUUCUGCUACCCCGAAACUGCCAAGUUGACGCUCGAGGAGAUCGACUACUUGUUCACCACCCCAGGGAAGAAUGCCGUGCAAAUGUCCAAAGAGCUUGUGAAGCAGCGAAAGCAACACGGCCAUGUACCAGGCCAGCGAUUGACAAGACACACGGACGAGGCAGAUUCAGAGAAAUUGGAGAAAAAGCAGGACAGUGUUGUCGCCGGGGUUUCGGACGAGCAAGUCGAGCAGGUCUAG